AAUGCAACAAUAGGAAAAAUAAUAGGAAUCCAGUGAUGAAGAAAUCGAAGUUUAAGGUUAAGGAGAAUCAAAAUAAUAAUAAUAAUAAUAAUAAUAAUAACUUAGUGUUGUAUAAAAGCAAACUUAGUACAAUUAAUAAUUAUUGGAUAAAUUAAAUAAACCACAUUAAUUUUGGGAAACACAACCUAUGCCAAAUAUUAAUGAAUUGGAUUCCUUAAAGCCUGGCCCAAUUUAAGAGGGAAUUUUAGAAGAAGUUAGAAAGGAUCCAUACAAUUUAAUCUCUAAAUUUGAAUGGUGUAAUAUUGAUUUGAGAAAUGAUGAACAAGCUUAAUAAGUAUUCUGAUAUUUAAAUUAGGUAUAUACAUUAUUGAAAGAAAACUAUGUUGAAGAUGAUGAUAAUAUGUUUAGAUUUGAUUAUUCAAUUGAUUUUCUGAGAUGGGCAUUAUUGCCUCCAGGUUAACAUCCUGAUUGGAUUGUGGGUGUUAGAGUAAAUUAAAAGUUGGUUGGGUUUAUAACAGGAAUUCCAGUUACAUUACAUAUAGAGAAUUAGUAAACAAAAGUAAAGAUGACAGAAAUCAAUUUCUUAUGUGUUCAUAAAAAAAUUAGAGCAAAUAGAUUGGCUCCAGUUUUGAUCAAAGAAAUUACAAGAAGAGUUCAUAUUAAAAAUAUGUGGUAAGCAGUCUAUACAGCUGGUAUAGUUGUACCAACUCCAAUUUCUUAAACAAGAUAUUAUCAUAGAAGUUUGAAUGCAAAGAAAUUAAUUGAAGUUGGAUUUUCAUCUCUUUCUGCAAGAUAAACCAUAUCAAGAUAAUAAAAAUUAUACAAAUUACCUGAAGAACCAAAAACCUAAGGAUUGAGAUCUAUGAAAAAAAAAGAUGUAGCUUAAGUUACUAAAUUAUUAAAUGAAUAUUUGAAGUAAUUUAAAUCUUUUAUAUAUUAGAUAAUUCAAAUUAUAUUUUAAAUAUACUGAAGAUGAAGUAAAACAUUGGUUUUUACCAAGAAAAGAUGUUAUAAGUACAUAUGUUGUAGAAAAAGAACAAGGAGUUGUUACAGAUUUCUUAUCUUUUUAUAAUCUACCAAGUUAAGUGAUUAAAAAUCCAAAACACACACAUUUAAGAGUAAUUUAUUAUUUCAAUAUUAUUAAAGGCAGCUUACUCUUAUUAUAAUGUGGCUACUUAAACUCCAAUAGUUUAAUUAAUGUAUGAUGCAUUGAUUCUCGCAAAAAAUGAAGGUUAUGAUGUUUUCAAUGCUUUGGAUAUUAUGGAAAAUGAAAAAUUUUUGAAAGUAUCAUUUUUUAUAUAAUUAGGAAUUAAUGUUCUGUCCAGGUGAUGGUUAAUUGAAUUAUUAUCUUUAUAAUUGGAAAUUAGAGAGUAAUAUGCUUAAACCAGAAGAAAUAGGAAUUGUUCUUGUAUGAGUU